AUGAAUCAAGCAUUUGACAAGUCAACUUUAAACAGUAUAAGCUCAUUGAAAUAAAUACACAGUCUGGGCUAUAUUCGCAGAGAUGUUAAAUUGGAUAACAUUUUUAUUCACAAUGGAAAGAUUAAAUUCAUUGAUUUUGGGUCAGUAGAUUCUUACUUUGAAAAAGAUUCCAACACUCAUAUAAAAGACUAUGCAUCUAGUCAAAUAAUGAGAGGAUCACCUUGUACAGCAUUAAUCAACAGCCAUAAUAGCAAAGAAAUGUCUCGAAGGGAUGACUUGAUUUCUGCAAUAUACUCAAUCAUGUAACUACAUAGAAAAUAGAGUUUGUAAUGGCUACAAUUAUGCGAGGAAUAUACAAAUCAAUAGGAUAAGGAUUUUAUUAACCAGCAAAUAUAUCUCAUGAAAUAGCAUCAGUCUCCAAACUAAGAAGACUACAAAGAUGACAUAAUUUCUCAAAAUUUAAUAUGUCUCCUCAAAUAUCUAGAGGAAAUAGGUUUCUCUGUUAACCCUGAUUAUGAUUUCUUGAUCAAAUGUUUAAACUGUAUCACUGAUUAAUCUGAAUUUAUUCAGAUAUUCAGCCCAAUAGCUCCUAAUAUUGUCUAUAGAUAUUAAUUAAAACAGAUGAGAAUUGAUACCUCUUCAAUUAUAUCCAUUGACUAAAAAUAGACUAAUCAAAAAAUCAUCGAAGAAAAUAAUUCUAGUAUUAAUAUUAAAUCCACAUAAGCUAGAUCUCUAUCACUAAAUAUGAUGAUCUUCAACAUUACCAUAGUUCCAGGUUGA